AUGUUUUCUGCUUUCAAAAUUAGCUACGAUCCUGAGGUGACAUCACUCAUUGAGAAGCACGGGGUCAACGAUGCGCUCUUUAUCAAGAAUGUCGGAUAUUUUGUCAACAACCCUCUGGAAGAGGUUGGUGAUGAAGGCUGCACUACCAUGAGCACCGGCGUACUUAAAGUCGUGUCUGGGUUGAAAAACCCUAUCGGACUAACUUCAACCGAGUGGUGCAUCCUGGCCUUUUGGGGCGACCAACUUGGAAGUAAAACAGUAGCAUUUCUCACAAAGCACGCGCAUACUAUUCUCAAAGCACGAGGAAGGACCGGGCCAUACUCCAAGUAUGACCUAAAUUAUAUUUCUUGGACCGUGAAGGCUAUGAAGCAAGAGGUAGCUACUACAGACACAACGAUGGCUGAGCUCUGCACGAACUACGGGGAUAUCUUCGACGUAGAGUCUGAGAUGCGCACUGAGGAAGGGAUGAAACGUCUCUUGACCGGAAGCGUGGAGCCUCCACGAGAUUACACAGCGGGGAGAGAGAGGACGGCAGCUCGUGCGGAUGUGUCUGAUCCCCUGUUUUUCAAGGAUGAAGACAUGGACAAAAUGACGGAUCCAGAACUGCUCAGCACAUUGGCUGGAGUAGACUUGGCUAUCUCUCGCAUCGACGCAUGGAAAGAAAGGCUAAAACGCGAGAAAGAUCGUAUUCACGAUGAUACCGAGGCACUACAUCUCAAGAGGGACUUUGCUAAGGACAGACUCAAAUCAUUGAAGGAGAAGCGUGGAUAUUUGAAGAGCCUGAAACGAUAG